CGGACGAGUUAUCUUGCGCCUAGCCUACCUUCAUGAAGGUUUCAACGGCGCCUUUUGCGAUGUCGAGUAGCGUAGUGCCAAGUUACAAGAUGAAGUACUCCUUUCUCAGGCAAAACAAGUAUCGUAUCUUAAUAUGUGAAGGACAUCGUUACUCCCGCUACAUGACGGUGUACAACAAAGAGUACUUUAGAUGCACGGACCGCACAUGUAAAGGAAAGUUGCACCUCAGCUCCGGCCGUAUCGUCUAUAAAAACAAUGGGCACAGCCACAAGCCAGAUCACAAGGGUGUCUCAGCCGACCAGGCGCUGACUAUCAUGCGUAAGCGAGCACGCACUGAGGCUACACCUAUUCGACAGAUUUAUACUGAAACGAUAAAGGAGUAUGAAGAGAACGGGCAUGGGCCUAUCAGAGAGAGCCUUCCUUAUGGUGCGCUUGUCUCUGAUAUACUGCAGCGUAUCAGAAACAGUGGUAGGAAGAGACAGGGGGGUCAGAAAGUCAAACAAGAGGAUCUGGCUGAUGAGGUACAGAAGUUUCAUUUUCCCCAAAGCAGCAACAUCAAAGUUCAAAGUUCCAUGUCUGCAUCACCAACUCAAGAAGGAUAUGAAAAUUCAGACAAUGAACUUGACGUCGUUGACUGUACCGAUGAAACCGAUGAUCCUUCAAACUUGUUGCCGUCGACGUCUUGCAUCACCACAGCUUCUGAAACAAUUCCAACAUCAUCUCUUAUGGCUAGAGGUCUUGAUGGGUUCAACUCUUCUUUGGUGUCUUACGCUGAAAAUUCCACUGUUACAACUCCCACGGACCCACCAGAAAGCAAUUCAACUGGCCUUACGAUACACAGCGCCUAUUCAUUACAGACCACGCCCAUAGGAUCUUUAACAAACAAUCAAGGCGACAAUAUGCCGAGACUGGUCGAUAAUCGUGUCAUGAGCCACGCGGAUUUGAACUUGGAAACGGACGACAACAUGGAGAACUCUCUUCUGCACAACGGACAUCCCGAGAGCCUAAGAACCCUACAGAUGAACUCUGAUAAUCUGUACAUCAAUAAUGGACAUGUUGAAGCGAAGUCAUUUAACGGAUCUUCAGACCCAACCAUCUUACCUUCUGCCGUUCACACAGCUGUUAGAAACCAUCUCCCAAGACAGACAGGUCGAAAGAGAUCCAUAAGCCAGAUAUUUACUCAACCAAACACAACUCUGACAGACCCUACGUUUUUACCGAGUGAUGAGGAUACUGAGCAGACCUAUCGACAGUUUCAGAUGAGCUUAGCGCGUAAAGAGCACCAGUUAAGAGUUCAGCACAUGAAGGAGCGUCACGAAGCUGAGAUGACUCUGGUGCGCUUGCAGCAAGAACUCAUCAAGGAGCAGCUGAAUGAGGCACGUCAACAGCCCGGUGGUGUUAAUACAUGAUUGAAAUUUAUUUACUUCCUUUACCGGACAUGCCGGAGUAGACAUAAAACUUCCAACUCUGUAAGAUUAAAGCUCGGUUCAUACUUCCUUCAAAUGCGAUGUGAAUUCUGACGUCACAAAUUUCACAACGAAUAAUUCGCUUCAGUUGACUUAAUGUGAUCAACUCCAGCGAAACAUUCAAUACGAAAACAGCCCUGUGCCGCCAAUAUUCACUUUGCAUUGGCAUUCGCAGGAACAGGAAGUAUGAACUGGGCUUGAAGCAUAACUUUUAAAUUAGAGUUUAGCCAGAAAUAAAGGCUCUCGACUCUAUAAACUCUGAGGUGAUGUUACCCACUGUAAAGUCAAAGGUCCAUGUCAUACAUUGUAUGAAGCAAUUACACAUGCAACCAGGGUGGAUUUCACAAUGAGUAAAGUCAUAUGUUACACAUGUCCUAACUUAGGAAUAGCCUUUUAAGUAUUGUUUAACCCUUUUGAGUCCUAGGACUGGUCCUAAAUUGGGACUACAAAUUAGUUGCCUCAUGCAACAAGGCCUCAAAGUCCUUCAAUUUACAUUGAUGCAAAGGCAUGAUAAUAAUAAUAAUAAAACUAUACUUAUAUAGCGCAUAUCACCGUGAGGUCCCUAUGCCCUGUAAAAGGAAAUCAACAAUUAUUGUACAAAGUAAACAGAUGUUUUUAACCGGGUUUUGAAUUGUUUUGAUGUCUCAGCAGACAGGACUUUUGAUUUUGUGCCACUGCUGUUUUGUUCCACUUUUCCAUACUAAUUUUUAUAUAAAAUAAAGAGCACUUUACUAAUGUUACUAAUCCGUUUACUAAAAUCGUUGAAUGUAUCUCUAACAUGUAAUUGUGAAAGUUAGUCACUGUUGUUGAAACUCAACUGACCAAGCAAGAGCAAUUGUGAUGCAAUCUAGCUAAAUAGGUCAGUUGUACCAUUAUGGAUAAAAAAGACAAAACAUGCCAAUAACGAGUAGACCGUAUUGAAUAUGACGUCACCGUUGAAAUAUCUGCCCUACAACGUGUGCGUGUGUGUGUGUGUGUGCAUGUGCUGUAGAAAUCAAACCGGGAAUACUGCGUGCUUAAUUGAUGUAUGCGAUUGGAUGCGCAUAUGGUUUGCCCUACAAGAUUGGGACUUUCAUAGCAACAAAGGGUUAAUUCAAUAUGAUCUAUAUCCAACAAAUACAUUGACAACUUCCUUCCUGAUAAUUCAAGGCAGAGGACACUAUUGGUAAUUGUCAAAGACUAGCCUUCACAGUUGGUGUAUCUCAAUAUAUGCAUAAAAUAA